AUGGCAAUGGUCAAGCGUUUUUGUGUGUCUUUUAUACUGCUCCAAUUGUUUAUUUGCGAAGCCAGCAAGCAGGGCGUUACAGUCAAAGGGAAGCUCAAAUGUAAUGGGGUUCCGUUGCCCGACGCCAAGGUCAAGAUCUUCGAUAUUGAUCGGAGUAAGUGAAGAAAUACAUGAAGAAUUUUUUUAUGGACUUUCUAUCUUACACUUGAUAAAGCUCUCCUUAUCGCUUGACCGAAAGCACUCAGGUCUUCCACGAUGAUAAAGCCAACAUUUUUCAUCAUUUUCUUUCAGUGCCCGGAGAUUCCGACGAUCUUCUAGAUGAAGGAGUGACCUCGUCAAGUGGUCAGUUCAUUUUGGAGGGAUAUACAUAUGAACUCGGGCAGAUUGAGCCCGAAGUCCGGAUAUAUCAUCAUUGCAACAACCAGGGACGGGUAAGUGUAACUAAUAUACAGGCCAUCCACUUCAAACAUAGUCUUUUUGUGUCUCGUUGUCAGUGAUUUGGAUGACAUUUCUAAUGCUAUUUUUGUUUACUUAUGGGCAAAAUUUAUCGAAAAAAUAUUUCAAUGUUUCUUACUAGGUUUUAAGGGUGGAUACUGCUCUCAAUAAAUUCAAAUUGCUUAAAAACGGCCAGCUUUAUCCAGAAAGACACAGUUCUUGCCAAACUGGACUAAAAAUUGGUCAAAAAAGCUUACAGUUAGUAUCCUUCGCUGAGUAUCAGUCUGUCACAAAAAAUAAUGUGGACAUGUUUCCGCAAAAUUUCCUGCCUUGUCACAGUCGUGCACCAAGUCUCCAGACUCGGCUAGCCAUCUCAAAGUAGUCGAUUUCAAUGCACGCCAAGACCAAAUUAUUUUCCCGACAGACUGAUACAAACCUUGUAGUAUCUUUACGAACUCUCAUGCUUCCAGGACUGCCGUCGCAAAGUCAUCAAGCCAAUCCCCGCCGAAUACAUCCACGAGGAAAUGAAGACCAAGGUGUUCAACUUUGGAACCCUCGACGUGGCGGUGCCCUUCGAAAACGAAUCCGAAUCCUGCGAUAACGACGAGUUCUGA